CAAGAGCAUGCAACACGAUAAGCAACAUAGUGCGUUUAGCCCGGCUGGGAAGUUGUACGACCCAUUCUCCGUAAUUUCUCCGCCUCUCUGAAUUGCCAUCAUGUCGUCCGCAGUCGCAUAAUUCGGCCAUUCAAACGUUCAGUUUCAAAAACAAAUCCUCAGCAGCUGCUGUCCAACAUCCUCUUCGCGUGAUAUAUCUAUAUCUUCUGCAUUUCUGCAGGGUUUCUCGACCCGCAAUGUCUAGCAUCUUCCCUAACGAAACGCUCUUCGCCAUCUUCGAGAACCUCCCUCCCACCGCCCUCGUACAGGUCACCUGCGUCUCAAACAGAUUCCGUGCGAUCGCCGAGCGGAUCCUUUAUUCUAACAUCGUUAUAUAUGAAGGACUCUCGCUGUCGAACUCACGCCCCUACCCUUACAAGACACUGCGGUGCUGUGAGACGCUGCUGCGCUAUGCAGACCUCUGCGAGGUGGUCAGAAGAUUCCACAUUCGGUGGCAGACCGAUGACGGUCCGCGCCAGCAGUUCAUACCCUUCGUCGAGCCAAGCCUCGUCAAACUCAAUCAAGUGUUGCGCAGGCUGGGCCAGCUCGAAGUGCUCGAGCUGGCGUUUGGUCUCAUCGGUGCGCAGAUUAGCGCACAGAGCAUUCUCCAGGGCUGUUCGUUCCCCUCCAUGCACACCUUCGCAAUGUGUGGGAUCGGCCGCGGAAGUAUCCCCGCAAAGUACCAGCCAUACACCGCGUCUAUUGACUCGUUCUUGGCUGUUACCCCAUCCAUACAUCAUCUCAGACUUUCUGACCAUUACGAUCCCAUUCGCAUCAGAUCAUUGGCCCUACCCGCCCUCUCCAUAUUCCGCGGUACCGCCGUCACAGCGGCGUCCAUCCUCCCUGGGCGGUCCGUACAGUCCCUUGCUCUCGUAGGGCAGGACCACAUCGAGAGGGAGCUUUUAGCCCAUAUUUCCCGCGGGAGCACACCCAUCCGCCGACUCGAUCUGAGUGGCAUUUCCGUGACGCCGACGCUGCUGCGAGACAUUUCGCAGCACCUCUCCCGUGUCGUAUACCUGAAGGUCAGGUUCGCCUUCCGGCACACCCUGCAUCACUCGUUCACGGGCAUCAGCAUCCUGGCGGGAUUGACUCCCGUCUUGGGCGCGUUCUCACAGCUGUACCAGCUCGACCUUUCGCCGACGCCCGUGUCGAAUAUGGGACUCGGGAACUCGCUCGAGGAAAGUUCGCUCUGCACAACGUGGGCACGUAGCUGCACCUCGCUUCGGCAGGUCAUCUUUCCGUCCAAGACGGAGUGGUCGCUCUCGCCGGAGCAGAUCUGGGUCCCGCAUUCCACCCCGCGCUAUACUCGGAGCUAGGGAGGCUAGGCCCUCAGUAUGCCGCACUGAGGGCCCUGUGCGCGUGCGUGAGUCCGAGGUUGUGCUGAAGGGCUCGUGGGGAGUCAGGAAACUCCCUGGCUUGGCGUUCGCAGCAACAGUUUGAGACGGCGAAUGGCACAUGCGAGGAAGGCGUCGCGGAACUAUGCGAUGCAUUCACGCAGCCAUGUGCGCCGCAGAUGCCAGGACAUUGACAGGUCACAGAACCCUACAUACUUAUCCGAAUUCUUCCUGGGAUUAGGCUGGGAGGGACUAGCUUGAACGAUAUUUGUAUAUAUUCUCAGUGUGCACACCUGAUAGAAUGGACUUUUAUGCU